ACUUGGUUUACGACUUGAUGAUUUGCUCGACGAUUUCAACACUCGAACUUUGCGACUCCAGGCAGAAUCUGAAGCUAGCAGUAGCAUCUCUCCUCCUAGUAAGGUACGAAAACUCAUCCAAACUUGUUUCACUCACUUUACUACUCCUAAGCUUGAUAACGAUAUGAUGUCCAAAGUAGAGAAACUCACCGAAAGAUUACAAGGUAUUGAAAUCCGAAAGAAGAGCCUGGGUUUGAAAGCCAGUGUUGGAGGGAUUGGGUCCACCACAGCAGUAUCAGAAAGACGACGGGAAACGACUUCUUUGGAAGACAAAUCUCUCGUUUAUGGCAGAGAAAAGGACAAGGAGGCUAUCCUUCAAUUGUUGUUGAAGGAAGAUGAAUCAGUUAGUGUUUCUGUGAUUCCCAUUGUGGGCAUGGGAGGCAUUGGUAAGACGACUCUGGCUCGACUCGUCUACAAUGAUGAACGCAUAAAGGGUUGUUUUGAUCCCAAGCUGUGGGUCUGUGUUUCUGAUGAUUAUGAUGUUGUCAGAGUUACUAAGGCCAUUCUUGAGGCGUUCACUUCAGACGCUAAUAAGUUGGAGACUCUGAAUAUGCUUCAAAAAAAAUUAAAUGAGAAAUUGUCCGGGAAAAGAUUUCUUCUUGUUUUGGAUGAUGCUUGGAAUGACAAUUAUGCAGACUGGGAUGUCCUACGCCGUCCCUUUAUGCAUGGGGCACCUGGGAGCAAAAUUAUUCUCACAACUCGACUUCGAAACGUUGCAAAAAUUACAUCAACAUUGUGUCCGUCCCAGCUGGCUUACACUCUAAACGAGUUGUCCAAAGAUGAAUGUCUAUCUUUAUUUGCUCAUCAUGCACUCGCGAGACCAAAUUUUGAUGCACAUCCACAUCUUAAAGAAAUUGGUGAGAAAAUAGUGAAUAAAUGUAAGGGCUUGCCUUUGGCAGCAAAAACACUAGGAGGUCUCUUGCGCAACGAAUCACAGCAGAGAGUGUGGGAGAAUAUAUCCGAUAGCAAGAUUUGGGAUUUACCCGAACAACAAAGUAAUAUUCUUCCGGCUCUUAGAUUGAGCUAUCAUCAUCUCCCAUCUCAUUUGAAGCAGUGCUUUGCUUACUGUGCAAUAUUUCCAAAGGACUAUGCGUUUGACAAAGGGGAGCUAAUUUUGUUGUGGAUGGGGGUAGGUCUUUUGCCACUGUCAACAGAAAAGAAGCAGAUGGAAGAUUUUGGUAGUGAAUAUUUUGAUGAUUUAUUAUCAAGGUCGUUUUUUCAACAAUCAAGUGCUUUUGAAUCACGGUUUGUGAUGCAUGACCUUCUAAAUGAUUUAACUCUAUAUAUCGCUGGGGAUAUAUGCUUUAUGCUAGAUAAGUUGGUAGGUGAUAAGCAAAUUGAAAUUCCUGAAGGAGCUCGACACUUGUCAUUUCUUCGUCAAAGAUUUGAUGGCCUUCAAAGGUUCAGGCCUACUUAUAAAAGGCAACAUUUGUGAACUUUUCUACAAUUGUUUGGCAAUGGAGCAGACUACUAUUUACAUCUUAGAA